ACGACCACAAACCGAACCAAAUCGCUGAUUCAGGACCAGUUUUCCUCCGCGAAAAAAGGGCUUUGUCCAGUCGAUGACUGUCCUGGAGACAGUGCUAAGAGAGGAGGCGUUGAGGGUUGUCUAGAAGGCUUUUCCUGAAGCAACGGAGAUUUGCCAAGAUGGCAGCCGUGUCGGGGGUACCGAUUCAAAGCAGCAGCCCCGCAAGAGAACUUUCUCUGACGGGUCCAACCGGGGGCACUUCUUCAGUUGGAGAGCGAGUAAAAGCGGAAGAAGGAUCAGAGUCUGAGAAACAGAGUCGUGUGACUGCAUUGCUGGAGAAACUACAUGCCAAACACAAUGCCUCACGUCCAUGGCAGGAGACCUGCAAAGUGGUGCGACAAGCUAUGGAGAAGCGUGGGGGGAUGAACCCUGUUGGUCACCAGUUGCUUCUCACCUGUUUGGAGACCUUGCAGAGGGCCCUUAAAGUGUCGUCUCUCCCCGCCAUGACGGACCGCCUGGAGUCUAUUGCGCGGCAGAACAUGUUGAACUCUCACCUGAGCCCAGGUGGGACGGACUGCUACAUCACCUCUGAUCUGUUCUACGUGGAGGUUCAGCUCGAGCCCACCGGACAGCUGAAGGACGUCAAAGUCGCCCAUCAUGGAGAGAACCCAGCGAGCUGUCCGGAGCUGAUUCAGCACCUGAGAGAGAAGAAUUUUGAGGAGUUCUCCAAACAUCUCAGGGGCCUAGUCAACCUGUACAAGCUCCCUGGAGACAACAAACUGAAAACUAAGAUGUACCUGGCUUUGCAGUCUCUGGAGUCAGACCUCACCAAGAUGAUGAACAUGUUCAGGCUAGCCACCAACGCCAACACGGUGGAGACCAUCCUGCAUGGCAGCGUGGGCCUGUUGACCCCUCGCUCCGGGGGACAGCUAGUGACCCUGCAGUGCUACGUGUCGCCCUACGACGUGUUCGAGGAGGGCCCGGGCAACCAGCUCAACGUCAUGGAGUCCAACUCCCCUCGUCCGAUAGGGGUGAGUGUAUCUGUGACGGUGGAGGGGACCUCCACUGUGUGCAAGCUUCCCAUUGCGCCGCUUAUCACAGGAUCACACCCAGUGGACAACAGGGGGACGCCGUCAUUCUCCUCUGUGACCAACUCUAACUGUGUGGACCUGCCAGCCUGUUUCUUCCUGAAGAUGAACCGGCCCAUGCCCUUCGCCUUCUCCUUCAUACAGAGAAUGGGCAAUGCAACUGGUAUCCCUGUGUUUGACACACACCCCGUGUUGUCCUCCCUCUAUGAGCUCAUCAUUCAGUCCCAGCUGCAGGAGGAAGGCGAGACCAGCCCACAGCCCACACCCCACAAUAUGCGCUUCUAUGCAUCAUUGCCAGGGCAACAGCAUUGUUACUUCCUGAAUGGAGACGCGCCAGUGCAGGACGGGCUCUCCCUCCAGGGGGCGCUAGUGUCCAGGAUCCCUUUUCGGCAUCCCGCCCAGGUGCCUGCCCUGCUGGACAUCAUUCGGCACCAGGCCGCCUACAACACGCUGAUUGGCAGCUGCGUCAAACGCACCCAGCUCAAGGAAGACACCCCUGGACUACUACAGUUUGAGGUGUGCCCCCUCUCUGAUUCCAGUUUCAGUGUGUCUUUCCAGCAUCCUGUCAAUGAGUCGCUGGUUUGUGUUGUGAUGGAUGUGACGGAUUCCAGGCAGGUGACGUGUAAGCUCUAUAAGGGCUCAUCAGAUGCCCUCAUCUGCACCGAUGAGUUCAUCACCAAGGUUGUCCAGAGGUGUAUGUCCAUCCCAGUCACCAUGCGUGCCAUCAGGCGGAAGGCGGAGACCAUUCAGGCCGACACUCCGGCAUUGUCCCUGAUCGCAGAGACCGUGGAGAGCAUGGUGAAGAAGAACCUGCCCCCUACUGGCAGCCCUGGGUAUGGCAUGGGCACAGGAGAUGGCAGCAACCCCAUGGGCCUCGCCGGUGUUGGGGGUGGGAACACACCCACCGGUGGGGGCACCAGCGGAGGAGCUGGGGGUCAGUUUCCAGGGGGCCCCAUCACAUCACUCUUCAACAUGCCCCGCGGUUCAGGAGGGGCAGGAAUGGAUGGCAUGGGGCAGACAGGUGGGGGCAACCAGGGGCAACAGCAGCUCCAGCAGCAGCAGCAGCAGCAGCAACAGGGCCACGGCACAGAUGACUUCAGCAAGGUCACGCAAAACCCCAUCCUGACCUCGCUGUUGCAGAUCACCGGCAAUGUCGGUUCUAGCCCCUCUACCCAGAAUGCCCCAGGGGGCUCCCAGCCCCCCCAGACCCCUCCGCCGACCUCCUCCCCAGCCAGCAACACCAAGAACCACCCCAUGCUGAUGAACCUACUGAAGGACAACCCCUCGCAGGACUUUGCCUCACUGUAUGGAAGCAGCCCGUUAGAAAGACAGAAUUCCUCAGGGUCACCCAGAACCGAUAACCUUGGCCAGCCCUGCCCCGGCGGACCCGGUACGAAGGGUAAGAAGAAGCGACCCAGGGACAAAGGGGUGGUGGGACCAGGUGGAGUCGGUUUGAAACAGCAACAGCAGCCUUCCCAACAGCAGGCGGGUGGCCCCCUUCCCCAGCACCACCACUCCCACCACCCAACCGAAGACGACUUCCACCGCGAGCUCUUCUCCAUGGACGUUGACGCGUCGCAGAACCCCAUUUUCGACGUCAACCUUCCUGGCGAUGGUCUGGACACCCCCCACAGCAUCACGCCAGCCCCCAGCCAAUGUGGAACUCCUCCGGCUGGCCCAGGGAUGCCCUACCACCCACAGUCCCACCUGCAAACCACCUCACAGCCUCAGCCCCUCAACCGAGCGGUGCGGCUCUCUAGCUCUGACAGCAUAGGGCCUGACAUAAACGACAUCCUGUCGGAUAUUCCGGAGCAGACCACUAAAGGAAGUGGCAGCGGUCACGGGCAGCACCACAUGGGAGGGGAGGAAGGGGGAUCCCUGGGCACCCCUCCCAGGGAUUCGUCAAGCUCAGGGCAGGGGAGCGCAGUUUUUGACUCGGACCUCUUUAACACCAACAGCAACGAGAACCCUUUCCCCGACGCGGCGGACCUCAUCGCCGAGGCUGCAACUGCGGCCACCCCCAACAGCGACACCUCGUCAACUAACUUCUUCCCCGACACAGUGGACUUCAACCCGGAGUUACUGUCUGGCCAAGGAACCUUCUCCCAGAAUUAUUUUGAUGACAGUUCCCACAGCCCCGACCCGGACUUAGACCUGAAGGGGUUUGGGGGCGGCAGCCAGCAGAACACCCCGUCUAGCACCCCGCAGAACCCCACCUCCCACGGCCACAGCACCCCAGACGCCUCCCUCAAGGACCCUUUCGACAUGAGCAUGGUUUUUGGGGGGAACAGUGGCGGGGGCAAGCCCCUUCCGGGCCUGGCUCCGGAUCUGGGGGACCCCCACCCCACCCACUCGGGUGGAAGCCAGAGUCCCCUCAUGAUGGGUAUGGGAGGAGGAGGAGGAGUAGGUGGCAGCGGGGAGUUCAAGAGUGGCGACAUCAAGGUGAAACAACAACAGCAGCAGCAGCAGCAGCAACAGCAGCAGAUGAUGAGAGGGAAGGAUGAUAACGGAGGAGGAGGUGGUGGAGGAGGAGGCAGUGGAGGCAUGGUUGCAGGCAUGGGCAUGAGUGGAUCAGGGGGCUCCGAAGGGAAGCAGGUGAAGCGGAGUCGCACCCCGUCCAGCGAGGGCAAGUCCAAAGAAAAGCCACCCAAGCGCAAGAAACUGGAUCCCGAUGGCAAGUCGCCCUCGCACAGCUCUGGGGGGCGUCCCUACACCCCGCCCAGCGGCAGCAUGGGGUCAGGGGGCUCCAUGGGGGGAGGAGGGUCAAAGUCGCCAGGGAGUUCAGGACGAUCGCAGACCCCGCCCGGAGGUGCCACCCCACCCAUCCCUAAAAUCACCAUCCAGAUCCCCAAGGGGACGAUAACGGGCGGGAAGACGUCCUCACACGGGGGUUACACGUCCAGCAGCUCGUCGGGGGGGAGCUCUGGAGGAACUAGUGGCUCAGGCGGAAGCAAGGGCCACCAUUCGCACUCCUCGUCCUCAGGGAAGAUCAAAAGCAGCAAGAUGGAGGGUUCCAUGGGACAGAGCGGCAGCUCCAAACCGGUGGGUGGAGGGAGUGGCACCGGGAUGCCCUCCCAGUCCAAAAGCUCCUCCCAGGGAAUGGGGGUGGGCAAGCCAGGCUCGUCCCCCAUCACCAAGCACGGAAUGUCAGGAUCAGGAAGCGGCGGCAGCGGAACGGGAAGUGGGACGAAGAUGAAGCCUCAAGGCGGGAAACCCCCUGGGUCCCUUAUGAAUCCCAGCAUCAAGCCGAACAUCUCCCCUUCCCACUCCCGCUCAGGGGGCUCAGAGAAACUCUCUUCCCCCAUGAAGCAUCAACAAGGCCAAGUUCCGGGCACCCCCCCUUCCUCUAAGGCAAAGUCCCCCAUAGGCUCAGGUGGGGGGAGUUCGGGGGGGUCCAAGUCCUCCUGUGGUGGCAUGGGUUCCCAGAAGCAGAUGGGUGGAGGUUCCUCCUCUAGCUCCUCCUCUUCCUCUUCUAGUUCUUCAGCGAGCAACUCCUCCUCUGGGUCGAUUCCUUUUUCCUCAGGUAGCCAACCCCAAUACGGGGGAGGAGGGGGUAGUGGGGGAGGCGGAGGAGGAGGGGGCGGAGGGAGCAACAACCCAAAUGCGAAAGGCAAGUCUCCUAGUCGCAAUAAGAAACCCUCACUUACUGCAGUGAUAGAUAAGCUGAAGAAUGUCGGUGGGGUGGGUAUAGGUGGGGAGGAAGGCCCUGAGGGAGGCUGUGGAGGUGGGGUAGGGGUAGUGCCUCCCAACAUGGGGCCGUCAUCCUCCUCUAAACAUGGCAUGUCCUCACAGGGCGGGGAGUACAAGCGGGACAAGGUCGACAAGGAGGGCAAGUCUAAGGUGUCCGUCUCCGGGGGCAACAGCAGCGACAAGAAGAUGAUGGACUCCAAAAGCGGAGGCGUGAGCAGCACCGGCGUGGCCAAGAUCAUCAUCAGCAAGCCCGACGGGGGUUCCCCCAGCAUCAAGCAGAAGGUGACCCUGCAGAAGCCCGAGGGGUGCGGGGAGGGCUCCAUGCGGCCCCAGCACAUGAAGCAGUCGCCUCUGUUCAGCGGCUCCACCCCGAAGCACGACCGCAGCUCGCCGAGCCACAGCCGCUCGCCGGGCUACACGCCGCUGAACCCCGACAGCGAGAGCGAAUCCGGCAGCAGCUCGGUGGCCGAGAAGUCGCACCAGAACUCGCCGAGCUCGGACGACGACCAGGGCGGCAUGCGGCCCCUGCAGCACCAGCCGCCGCAGGACUACCUGAGCUCAAUGGCGGUGAGCAUGGGCGAGAAGCACAAGAAGCACAAGAAGGAGAAGAAGAAGCAGAAGGAGCUGGCCCGAAACGGAGCGCUGACCGGACCGGACCGGAACGCUGAAAGGGACAAGGAGAAGAAGAAGGCGUCCAUGUCGUGCGUGCCGUCCUCCCACCCCAUGAAGGCGGACAGCUGGUCUCGCUCACCCAUCUCGGCGGCUGACCCCUCCAUGUCCAUGCUGGGGUCGGAACGCACGUCGAGGCCCAGCCCCGUUUACAUGCGCACUGAGGACGACGACCUCAUGGACUCUGCUGUCACAGGCCACCUAGAGCCUUUUAAGUGAAGCUAAAAAAAAAAAUCUUAUUGUAAAGCAGUUUUAAAAUGUGUUGACUGAGUUGGCCUACUGUCAUGCAGAACUGUUCACAAAUCAUUCUUGAAGGGGAGUAGGACUCCCGCUUUCAGAGCAAAUUGCUCUGUUUGCCAUUUUGUUUCUUUACAGAGAAUCAGGGUGCAGGGCGUCUUGUGCUUGAUGCCAGGAAGGGAAGGAUAUCUAUGUAUUUUAAUCAAGCAAUUAUGAUGGAAUGUUCUCAAGGAUUCUGGAUUCUUUGUAUGCAUUCCCAAUGUGACCGCCAUUGUUACAUUAAGUUAUUAAAAAAAGAAUGACUUCAUUGUUUGCUACAAUGUUAAUGUAAAAGUAUCAAACCAAAAACAUUUUAAUUGUAUUAAGAAAGAUGCAUGUCACUGUAUUUUUUAAGAAAAAGAACUGUAAAAUUUAUUGUAUUUUUCCCUCUGGACACCUGUUUUUCAGUAAAUGUCUACAACAGCCAGUUGUACAGUGUUACCUGCCUUAAUUUAGUUAAACAUUUUUUAAAGGUUUUCUUACAUUGGAUGUCAUCUUUUCAAUGAAACAUAUUUUAUGAAUAACUGGUAGUUUUUGCAAGUGCAAAUCGGCUAUUUUAGCUGUUUGGAGAAAAUUCCUUUGAUUUUAUUUCACUUAGCUUUUACUUUUUUUUAAGUAGCUAGUUUUGUGCUAUUGAAAUAAACAUUUCAAUGCAAAACGU